GGAUGGUCUAAGCCUGCUGAUUGUCCCCCACGAUCGCCUCGGCCCUUGAACGUGGCAAAGCGAGAAGCGAGAGAUUAUUUGUUUGCGACGCCUCGCAGGGCGGCGUAAGCGACAGAAAAAGGGAGAAGGUUGAGAAGGGGCGAGUGGUGAGGCUGCGAGGCUGAGCGGCGCUGUUAUGCAUGCGCGCCAGGAGCGGUGAAAGUGCCGAUUGCCUCUCGAGGACGGAUGGAAUGCUUAUUGAUGGUCCUUUUUUUUUUCGCUCAGCACAUCCAUCACACACCCUCCCAUCGCUCUCCCAAAUCAAACCCGCGCGCGCGCCCGCAGCGGAUGUCGCGGCCACCAGCCCCAUCACAGCGCCUAGCAAACACCCGUCCAAUCGCACCGACUGCCCGCCUAAAACUGGAAUCGCUGACAGCCAUGUCCUGUCGCACACAUGCCCGCUGAUCAAGGGGACCGGCCGUGGUGUGACGGAUGUCUGUGCCCCAUGCGCCGCCGCUGCCCUCCGAUCCCUCCCAGGGUUGCCGCAUCUCACUUGGAAGCUGGAAGCCUCUCGCCCUUCUUCCUCCGCCGCCCCCCAGCCCCGCCAGCCCUCAGCCUCGUGUCGUUGCGUCCUGAUCGCCCAGGAGUGCCACCCGCGCCUUGCCCGAAAUAUCCCUCAUGCGUCGACAAGUCCCCAUUUGUCCCGGCCCGCUGACUGCCUUCCAGGAUCAGGGAUCACCUGAUGAAGUGGUCCGCUCCAGUGCGGGGCAAGCGGCCAUACACGCCCUAGGGGUCUCCGUCGUCCUGCGCCAAUCGUCCCUUGCCCUGCCUCGCAAGCUAGCCCUUUCUGCUCCACGUGGAGUCC